AUGCCCAUGGCAAUUUCACCCGAGCGGCCUCGGACUGGCAUCACUCGACUCACUGGUGGUCGUCUUGUGCGAGGCAAUAAGCUGGUUGAAGACGACUUAUGGAUAUCCCAGGAAGUGUUCUACGAACAUCAUGCUGUUCCGGAUGAGAUAGUGGACCUCAAAGGCAAGAUCUUGUGCCCUGGCUUCAUCGAUGUGCAAUUCAAUGGCGCAUUUGGUUUCGACUUCUCUACCGUGCCGGAGGAAAUAGGCGAAUACCAAAAAGGUCUGAAGCGGCUUAACAAGCACUUAAUAAGAACCGGCGUGACCAGCUACCUGCCAACACUACCUAGCCAGCAAGCUGAAGUCUAUCACAAGGUCCUGAGAUAUCUAGGCCCUAGUGGCGAUGCCAGAAAUGCCUUGGAAGGCUCAGAAUCACUGGGUGCUCAUUGCGAAGGACCGUUCAUUUCGCCGAGCAAGAAUGGAAUCCAUAGUCCGCAAGUCCUGCAAGAGGCACCAAAUGGCUUCGCGGACAUGGAGACAAUCUACGGCCUGGAGAACCUAUCACAUGCUGGGGGCUACCCGCAUGGACAGAUACAUUCACCCAUCAGCAUGAUUACAGCUGCGCCCGAGGUAGCUGGUAUCACCGCCUGCAUACCUGAGGUCGUCAAGCGAGGCAUACGUUUCGCCAUCGGCCACACAGAGGCAACGUAUGAAGAGGCAAGCGACGCAAUACAGCAAGGUGCGAAUAUGAUCACGCAUCUGUUCAACGCAAUGCGGCCACUCCACCACCGCAAUCCUGGAAUCUUCGGCGUUCUGGGAAAAGCGGAGGGCACAGAUAGGCCAUAUUAUGGCAUUAUCAGCGAUGGUAUCCAUCUGCACCCGACCACUGUCAAGAUCGCGUGGAACGCGCAUCCCGAUGGCUUUAUCUUGGUGACAGAUGCUAUGAAGACGGUUGGCCUACCAGACGGCGUAUACGACUGGACGAACGGCGAUCGAUGGGUCAAGAAAGGUCCACUUCUGACACGAGAGGGCUCAGACACUCUCGCGGGCAGCUCAGCGACCCUCAUAGAAUGCGUCAACAACUUCUGGACUUGGUCACACGCCUCGAUACCGGAGGUGAUUCGAAGUGUCACAGAGACACCAGCAGAAAUGCUUGGGCUGAGAGGAGCCAAGGGGAGCCUGGAUGCCGACACAGAUGCGGAUCUGCUGGUACUCGAUCCUGUUGAAGAAGCUGAUGGUAAGAGAAGCUUCAAGAUCGAGAAGGUCUGGAAGUUUGGGACUUUGGUACACGAUGCCGGUGACCAGAAUUUUGGAUUGUAG